AAUAAUUCUAAAGUGCAACUAGGUUUAAAAUCCAAUUGGUAAAAAAUAAAAAUUAAACUUAAAACCCUAACUACAACACCCCUUCUGCCCUCUGUACUCGGCCCUCAUAAAGGAGUUAGAUUUUGGGUGCUCUGUCUGUGAUUUGUGUGGGUUUUGAGCAGAAGGGAGCAGAGAAAUAUGAGAUUUAAUAAGCAGAAGCGUCACAGGAAGACAGUGAGAUUUUUCUCAGUGUGCUUCGGGUUCAGGCAGCCCUUCAAGGUUCUUUGCGAUGGAACUUUUGUUCACCACCUUCUUCACAAUGACCUAACACCCGCCGACAACGCUCUCUCCAAUUGUCUUUCUGCCUCUGUCAAGCUUUUCACCACCAGCUGUGUUCUGGCGGAGCUGAAAAAACUUGGUGCUUCCCAGUCUGCAUCCUUCCAAGCAGCUCGUAAACUCACAAUUGCAAGAUGUGAUCAUGAGAAGAGGGUCACUGCUGAUGCUUGCAUUGCGGAGGUCAUUGGAGAACAUAAUUCUGAACACUUUUUUGUUGCUACCCAGGAUGCUGAUCUCCGAAAGAAACUUCAGAAGGUGCCUAAUGUUCCUUUAAUAUUUGGUCUAAGAAAUGCCCUUUUCCUUGAGACACCAUCUAAAUUUCAGAGGGAGUUUGUCAAAUCUUCUGAAGAAAAACGCCUUCAUAUGACUGAGAAUGAGUAUAAGGCAUUAGAGAAGAGGACUACUAGCAUUUCUGCAAAUGCGGAUACAGAGGAUUCAUCUGACAAAGAAGGUUUGGGUUGUCAUAGUCCAGGGUUGCUGCCACAUAAUACCAGGAAUUAUUCUGGGAAGGAGAGAGAUAUAAAGGAUAGAGUUCGAUUUAAAAGAAAGAAAGCUAAGGGCCCAAAUCCACUUUCAGUUAAGAAGAAAAAGAAUCAUGAAAACCCAAAUCUUGCAUCUCGGAAGGAAGUUAAGGGUGAUGAUGGCAAUGCUCAAAGCAAGAGGAAAAGGAAGAGGUCAAGCAGAGGCAAAAGACAUGCUGAGACAGAUGGUGUGUAGAGCGUUGUAUUAAGGCAUGGCUGAAAAAAAUUUGUUGUAAUUAUGAUGGUAUGCCGAUUGCGAUGCAAUUUAUUUAUUCAAUUAAAGAAA